UUUGGAAUUGUAAGUUAAAUUAGCAGGUGAGUUGCUACAGUUGCAGAUAGGCUGUGCUGCAAGUUCUAAUUAGGGCAAAUGAAAAAAAUCUCUUUGAGUGUGGUUUUUAGCUGGAGAUUAGGGUGGAACUCAGAUUUACAAAAAGUAGAACAGUUUAAGAUGGGGAAUUCAUGAAAAACAAAUAGUGUUUUUGCCUUCAUUCCCUUGACCUAAGGGUCACUUGGAUCUGCGUGUUUCAGAAAAGAGCCAGAUGUUUUCUAAGUUACGUGGAGCCCUGAGGCCAUGGCUGUCCACAGGCACAAGUCGCCUUGUGGAAUCCGACAUCACCACCGAACAUGGAGAGGGAAGACUUAAGGUUGGGCCAAGAGACUUUACCUAACUUUAACAGGCAUUUGUAGAUCCUAUUACCAAAUUCUGAAGUUUCUAAGUUAUGUCAGCAGUAUAUUUCCCAAACUGUGCCUUUGCCAACAAGCGUUUCUUCUUUAAUGAUGUCUUUCUGAGUAAACUAUUGAAUCACUCAAAGGAUAUGGACUAAAAGGAGAGUGAGAGGAGUGUGUGGGAGGAGCACGGUGUUAUAAAAGCUGUCAUCAUGCUGCCAGGACUGCAGCAACUCCCAGAGGAGCAGCUCCAGUCAGACAGCAGCCCAGAGAACCACAAGGUUGACACAAUGGAAAACCUUAAUGUUGCAAACACAAUUUUUGCCCUCAAUUUCUUCAAGCACCUUGCAGAAGUGAGCCCCACCCAGAAUCUCUUCUUCUCCCCAUGGAGCAUCUCAUCAACCAUGGCCAUGAUCUACCUGGGUUCCAGGGGCAACACUGAAGACCAGAUGGCCAAGGUGCUUCAGUUUAAGCAAGUUGGAGGUCAUGAUGUCACCCCGGAGAAUUUUACUGGUUGUAAAUUCAUGCAACAGGUCCAGAAGGGUCCCUAUCCUGAUGCUAUUGUGCAGGCACAAAUUAGAGACACCAUCCAUUCCUCCUUCAGCUCUCUCAGCUCUGCAAUCAACAAAUCCACAGGGGAUUAUUUAUUGGAAAGUGCCAACAAGCUGUUUGGAGAGAAGUCUGCAGGUUUCAUGGAUGAGUACAUGAAACUUUCUAAGAAAUAUUACUCUACAGAACCCCAGGCAGUAGACUUUCUGAAAUGCGCAGAAGAAGCCAGAAAAAAAAUUAAUUCUUGGGUCAACACUCAAACCAAAGGUAAAAUCCCAAAUCUGCUCCCAGAAGGUUCUGUAGAUGCAGAGACCAGGAUGGUCCUUGUGAAUGCCGUCUACUUCAAAGGAAAGUGGAAAACUCCAUUUGAGAAGAAGCUGAAUGGGUUCUACCCUUUCCACCUGAACUCGACUGAGAGUAAACCUGUACAGAUGAUGUACUUGCGUGAAAAGCUGAACAUUGGAUACAUAGAAGACCUAAAGGUUCAGAUCCUAGAACUCCCAUAUGCUGGAAAUGUCAGUAUGCUCCUGUUACUUCCAGAAAAAACUGCUGAUGCUAGCACUGGGUUGGAAUUGCUGGAGGGUGCAAUCACCUACGACAAGCUGAAGAACUGGACCAACAAAGACACGAUGGCUGAAGAUGAUGUGGAAGUGUAUAUCCCCCAGUUCAAAUUAGAAGAGCGUUAUGAACUCAAAUCCAUUCUGAAAACCAUGGGCAUGGAGGAUGCCUUCAGCAAGGGCCAGGCCAAUUUCCAAGGAAUGUCAGAAGCAAAUGAUUUGUUUCUUUCUGAAGUGUUCCAUCAAGCAACCGUUGAUGUUAACGAGGAGGGCACGGAAGCCUCUGCUGGCACUGGGGGCGUUAUGACAGGAAGAACUGGCCAUGGGGGCCCUCAGUUUGUGGCUGACCAUCCUUUCCUUUUCCUGAUCAUGCACAAAAUAACCAACAGCAUCCUGUUUUUGGGCAGAUUCUCCUCACCAUAAAAUAGAAAAGAUUCCAUUUCUACACAGGACUUCUUGGCGUGAGCUAUCAGUCUCAGAAAUGCUAUUUUAGGAGCCAAGAGACUUUUUUUCUCCAUGUUUCUGUUUUUCUGUAAAAAUUCUGGGACCUAUUAAAUAUAAAGGCAGAAAUGA